GCUGAAUGCUUCAGGCGCAGCGCAAGUCUCAAAAGAUUUCAACUUGUCAAGUUUGCUAGCUAUGUACAAGUAUCGGACUUAUUUCGUCGUGUGGAGACUUGUCUUUGUCGGAUCAGUUUAUGCUUCCUCGUGCGGUGAAUGGACUGACUGGAUGGACGAUGAAUUUGGAGGUAUCGUCGAUUUGACCACUGGUGAAUUUGAACUAGUCGACGACCUUCGAGCUAAUUUCAGUAUAUGCUCUUCGCCGUCGUCCUUAGAGUGCCAGACGGCGAUUCCUCCGUUUCUGUCCUAUGAUCAGACUGGACAAACAGUCACGUGUCAACUUCCACAUGGAUUAAUAUGCUUUCAUACAGACAACGUAUCACCAUGUAGGAACUAUGCUGUAAGGGUUUUCUGUCCAAGGGAGUGUACUACGCAGAACCCAAUAACCAUGGGCAGCGAUUUGUCAACCGAAGAUUACAACGACAGCAUUACGAAUAUAUCUACACCAAGGACAGUAAGCAAUUCAUCAGAACUACAUUCAAUGCGAUCGUCGCAAGAUGUGGGAGUUGUAUUGACAGUGUUAGGGGCCACGAUCGGGUCACUAGUCCUAUUAGGCGGGACAAUUGCUGGUGCUAUCUACAUAUCAAAGAAAUACCAGAAGAGUUCGUGAAGAGGUGGGACACUGGUUGUGUGGCAAUGGUUAGCUUUCACACCUAUCUACGUGAUGGAAAGUUGUAUAUUGGAAACAAAUUCCGACCCAUUCGAUUUACGCUCAAUGUGGGAUGGUUCUCUUUUGUCGUCAAUUUCAUCGAGGCGCAAUC